GAAAACUUCUUCUUUUCUUUCAGCUAAAACUUCCGAGGUUCAGCUAAAGAUACCAAAUCUCGAAGUGGACAGAAUCGCGAUCGGCAACUGUUGACAACGUCCACUCGCAGCUGCGACUGGUGGGACUGGGUGUUUGGAAUUUUCUGAAGACUAACUCAUACAUCACGCUUUAAAGUCUAAAAGGUCUGAGUUCCCCCCGCCCGGUGAAUCACAUUGAAUCUCCCGCGACGAGACGGACAUACGAUGGUGACGCGUGUCGCGCAGAUGUGAACGGCGAGGGAAAAAACACGUCCAAAACACUCCUGUGUACUAGCUCGACUAGCUGUACUCCGAGUACCCUUGGUACAUCGGUCGCUGUUACUGGAGAGAGUGAUCGACGUUCAUCGCAAGACGAUCGCGGUCACGACAGCGGAAAAGCGCGACUUCCACUUUGAUUUCCACUUGAUCUGCGUGUUACGAAGAAACUCCGGCCGAGUGUCGUGCACGACAGAGAGAGAGAGAGAGAGAGAGAGAGGAGCGUGAUCUACUCCCUCGGUCGAAAUGACCGGCAGUCUAACUCCGAGAUACACCCGUUCGCGAGUAUAUCCGUGUCGCAAAGACGAGAGCUCUCGAAAGGGCAAAUCUCGCUUGGGAUAGACAGACAGACGCAGGCAGGUACACCCGCCAGGCGGAUGACGGACGGAGGCGGAAGCAUGAGCGCGACGUACACGUUCAAGCCGUUCGUGUUCACCAAGCACAGCGUGAACGGGCCGGAGCGGCCGAAGGCGCGGAGCGGCCACCGGAUCGCGUGCGACCAUCGGAACCUGUACUCGUACGGCGGCUUCAAUCCGUGCAUAUCCGACAAUGACCCGGACAUGCGCGACGACCAGACGUGGAUCGCCAGCAAGCCGCUGUUCAAGGAGCUGUGGCGCUACAACCUGGUCACCAAGCGCUGGAAGCGGCUGCCCGGCCAGGAGAACAUGCCGAACGAGCUGGCGUCGAACGCGGUGAUACUGUGCGGCAACGCGCUCAUGGUGUACGGCGGCACCGGCGUGCCCUUCGGCGAGAGCUGCAGCAAUCAGCUGUACAUCUGCAACGUGGACGACGGCGCGAUACAGGUCGUGCCGGCCAUCGGCGAGCUGCCUUUACCUCAGUACGGACAGGCGCUAGUAUGCCAUGGCCCCUAUCUCUACACAGUCGGCGGCACUACCGGUUACGAAUAUACCUGCGAUAUUCACCGGUUCGAUCUAAGAACAGGCGUCUGGGAGGUGGUAUACAUUUGCUCGGGCAGAGACGAGUUUGAACCGUACGGAAGGUACAGGCAUGAGCUUGCCUUUGACGGCAAUAAGAUCUACGUCUUGGGUGGCGGCACUUCGAUAGAGGCCUAUGGCUUUUCAGAAAUACCGGCGUUUGACUUGAGGACCAACCGUUGGACGAUUUUGUAUACGCAUGGUGAUACUGAUAAGACUAGGGUACCGGCGCCACGACGUUGUCACGGUUCCGUUCAGUACACGGACGAGAAGACUGGCGUUACCUCGGUCGUCAUAUCGGGCGGUUACAAUGGCGAUCGGGUGUUUUCUGACGUUUGGCGGCUUGAUCUCAGCACGCUGCAGUGGACACGCAUGCGAAAAUGUGUCCUACCAAGUCCGGUGUACUUCCAUUCGGCUGCGCUGACCCCGGAGGGUCGCAUGUACUUAUUCGGCGGUAUAGUCAAAACGAAUAACAAGGUGAAAAGAACAAACGCGAUUUACUCCGCUUGGAUAACAAUUCCCAAAUUGUCCGAGAUCUGCUGGCAGGCGUUGAAUUACUAUUAUAGGGACUUGAGGAACGCUUCACCGGACAAGUUGCUUAGCAUGGGGAUACCAUUGAAAUUCGUACAAAGACUCGACUCCUACGAUAGAUGAACGAGUUAGGUUCCUGUUCCUUGACAUCUCCGAACUUUCGAAUCAAAUGUUUUUUGCGCUGUAAGCACUCUAAAAAAACAUUUGGCCACACGCUUCGACCAUUCGAUAUUUUGACUCAUAACUCUCAGCGCGAUUUUUUUACGUAGUAAUGGUAAAGUAAUUUCACAAUCGCAUAUAUUUAUUACAUCUGUGACUUAAUAAUGCUGUUGGCAAAAUAAUAGACUUUUCCUCUUUCUCACAUUUACGAUUCAAUCUGACAGUUAUAACAUUAAAUUACUGGAUAUGCUAUUUUCUUAAUAUUAAUCCUUUGGUGUCACACUACACGUUUUGUCACGGGAGCAACAACACACUGGGUGUAAAAAUGUCGCAUAAAUAUUAGCAUAUAACAUUUCUUUUUAAUCGAAACGUUAGAAGUUAAUGAUUAAAUGUAUAUGUAUAUGUAUCUUUAUUAGGUGAUGGAAAAGUUCUAGCGUAUAAAAGGAGUUGGAUAUUGCCAUACAGUAGCACCAAAGGGUUAAUAGUUGACACAUCUGUCAACUCUAAAGAAAAACUGUACAAAUACAAAAAAAAUGAUAUAUGUAAAAAAAUAUAUGGUUAAAAAAAAUUAAUAUAUGUAAAGAGUUAGGUACGUCUAAGGAUAUAGUUCAUUAUUAACAUAUUUAAUAUUAUGUACAGUCUAUUCAUUCUGCCUUCAUUAUAAUGCUGUAUAUAUGAUAUAUUUACUUAUAUUUCUGUUUCUUUAAGAAUGUUGUAUGUAACUAAAUGGAGAUGAUUGACUCGCUACGUGAUGAUGAGAUAUUUCCGAAUAUUUAAAUAUAACAAGUGCAAGUAAUAUCGAGGAAUGGCAUUACUAAUUGUGUGUGUUUUGUUUCAAAGAGAUUUGUUAAACGUUUAACUGCCCGCAGUGCCUAUACAAUUAAUUAAAGUGAUGCUCAUCAAACUGCUCGUUCGACGAAUCAAAAAGGUUGUCUCUUGGCUGUGGCUUAAAGAAUUUUCCUUACUCUUUUCCUUCAUGUGUGUAUUUUACAUUAAAGAGAAAUGUGUUUUAAGCAAAAUUGCAGUGUAAGAAUCUUUUGCUUUUUAUGCAUCUACAACAAUGAAUUUAAUCGGUUUGAUUGUUUUAUUUAUUAUAGAUUUUAAUCUUUUUUUCCAUGUGGAUAUCCGAAAUAUUCUACACUUUGGAUUUUCGAUCUUUCAAAUAAACGUCUAUGCACUUUUUCGUUCUUGAUAUCGCUUUUUUUUCUCUGAAUUCUAUUCCUUUUGGAAUAAAUGUCAUUGCUCUGAUAUGUGAUUUUAGAUCUUAAUUACGAAUAUAGGAUUCAAUUUCAUGACCCUCUAAUUAUUCUGAUUGUGAGCAGAGUAUCCGCACAUCGUAAUGACGCAAUAGAUUCCCGGUGCUGUUUACUUAAGAUUAUACUUGUAUAUUAGCUGAUACCCAUUAAUAGAAAGAGAAAGAGAUUGUAAAUACAAAAAUAUAGAUGAGAGGAAUAUAGAAGAAUCGAAUCUUCCGAUUUAGGCGAUUUUAUUUCACAAAUCCAUAUUAUGAAGUAAUAUAAUUGAAAUCAUAACUGAAGGAACUUGUAAGGAAAGCAUUGAUUUCAAGAAAAAUAUUAAUUGAUUAUAUCUAAUUGAAAAUAAUUGAAACCAUAACUGAACCUUGUAAAGAAAGCAUUGAUUUCAGGAAAAAUCAAAUAAUAAUCAAACCAGAGAAAGAAGAUAUUCGAGACUUUCAAAUGACUGUAUCUGUUCUUUAAGUUUUCAAAUUAAUGGCAAUGGAUCAAAAUAAAAUCUUUCUUUUUAAAAUAAAA